GGGGCAGAGCGGGCGCGCGAGUGGAGCUGGCACGGGGGCGAGCGCGGCUGGGUAGUUGGGCAGUUGAGUCUCACUGAAGACUCUAGGAAAGCCCAAUUGAUUAAGCCAUAACCCGCGUUACAGAGGAGCCUUAAGUGUUCUUGUUUUCUUCGUCACCCCUUAUCGUGUCAAACCCCGGCAACCUCCACGAGUACGCGCCCAGAAUGGUGGAAUAAUAUUCCCGAGGCCGAUGGUGACGACGUGUAAAUUUAUCCGAUUGAGAAGCCAUAACUUUGUUUUGUUUAUGCAUGUCUAUUAUCCACAUUGGGCGUUAGAUUUUCCUGUUUUCUCCUGACCAGUGCACGGUCUGAAUCUUGCAUUUCGGAUUGUAGGACAGGAAAUGCGUGUGGCCGUGAUUGGAGCUGGAGUGAUUGGUCUGUCUUCAGCUCAGUGCAUCAUUAAUUGCACACAUCCCACAGCCAAACCACUGACCGUCGUUGUUUAUGCAGAUACUUUUACACCAAAUACCACCAGCGAUGGAGCUGCUGGAUUCUGGCAACCGUAUGUUGUUGAUGAGGGGAAACCAGAGGAAGUGAAGUGGAACAAAGAAACAUUUGAUUACCUACUGAGUUACUUGCAUUCACCUGAUGCCAAUGAGAUGGGUUUGUUUUUGCAGUCUGGGUACAACCUCUUCAAAGAGCCCAUGCCAGAUCCAUCCUGGAAAGACACUGUUUUGGGAUUUAGACACUUGACAGCAAAAGAGCUCAAACUCUUUCCUGGAUUUAGCUACGGUUGGUUUAACACUUCACUAAUGUUGGAGGGAAAGAGCUACCUACCAUGGAUGAUGGCAAAAUUAAAAGAACAGGGUGUCCAGUUUGUUAAAAAGAAAAUUACUUCUUUCAAGGAGUUAGCCCCAGCUUUUGAUGUGAUUGUGAAUUGUACGGGCAUCCGUGCUCAAGAGCUGCAGCCAGACCCAGAGCUGAAGCCUGCUCGAGGACAGAUCUUAAAGGUUCAUGCACCAUGGAUGAAGCACUUUGUUGUUUCACAUGAUAUCAAAGCUGGGGUUUAUUCCAUGCCAUAUAUUUUACCAGGAAGCAAAUUGGUAACCAUGGGAGGAAUCUUCCAACUUGGGAACUGGAAUGAGGAGAACAAUGCUGAAGACCACAACAAAGUCUGGGAAGGUGGCUGCAAACUUGUACCUAGCCUGAAGAAUGCCAGAAUAGUAGAAGAUUGGACUGGACUUCGACCUGUCCGUAGCAGGAUCCGCUUAGAACGACAGAUGUUCAAUUCAGGACCAACGAAAUUUGAGGUGAUUCACAACUAUGGUCAUGGAGGCUAUGGCCUGACUAUCCACUGGGGCUGUGCCAUGGAAGUAGCAAACAUCUUCAACAAGAUCCUGCAGGAGACGAAGCCCAGUUGGAAAAUGCCAUCCCGACUGUAAUUAGUCUCAAUCACACAUACUGUUGUGUGAUCCCGUGGAUAUAAUUUCUGUAGUGAUGAUCUGGUGAACAGUGGCUGUACUUAGUGGUUAUCAGCAAAUAUGUAAUCCACUAUAAUCUCCAAAAUUCCCAGGCUCUCCUCCUUAAAUGCUCUUCCAACUAUUGGUCUGCACCCAAGCAUCUUUGUACCAAAUUUUUCCUCCCAGCUAUUCCUCAAAUAAUUAUGUAAAUUUUAAAGUAGGACAUUUUUGUGGUCACAAAAAUUUUAUUAAUCCAUUAAGCAUUAAUAUUAAAUUGAUUAUUUCAGGAUACCAUUUUAAGAACCAAACAUUUCUCAUAGUGAAACACAAAUGGUGAGCAACACUGCUGCACCUAGACAAAUCAGUCUAGGUGUUAGUUUGCCCUUGCCUCUCCUCAAAGAUCCUGACAAAUCAUGUCUGGAGAAAUUAACAGCAUAAUUUAAAACAAAUUUAGAGAAAUUUGUAAUUUGCACCAAUUUGAACAUAGUCUGACUUUCAUCAGCUACCACAGAACUUAGGAAAAUUUGUGAUUUUACAAUUCUGUUCUUGCUUAUUGUGUCAGCAUCGUUACCUAAAUUGAAAUUUAAAACUAUUAAGCCAAUGAUUAAGACCUGAUUGUCUCAAAAGUUAUUCAUCUAGAGUUAAUUUAAUAACCAGUAAAGUAAAUGGGUAAAUAUAGAAUAAGGAACCAGUGACUUCAAAAAUCUGUUAACAAAGAUAAUAUAUUUCUACCGUACUUCUGACUGAUCACUGUAAUUGUUUCAUGAAAUGUUUUAAAUUUAAUAAAUAUACCAUCUAUAUGUUAACAAAUUUUAAAUAAUUGAGAAUUAAGGGUGGUGAACACCAUUGAAAUUGCUCUAAUGCACUUUUACAUUAGCAAUAAAUAAAUGCCAGUUUUUUGGUAAAAGUAAAUGCUAUAAUUGAUUUGCCAGUUGUUCACAGCAAUGAGGAACCUCAUAAUGGUCUUGUUCAAUUUGCUAAUAACCUAUCAACUAACAUUUUUAUAAAUUUAUAAUGGAUUCAAUAAAAUUGAAAAUGAAUUACUAAAGAAUCUUUAUUAAAUAAAGUGUUUUUUGUAAUUUAAAUGCAAACAUUACUAUGAAUAAGUACAAUUUUGUCCUGAUAAUUUGAAGUAUCUUAUUUACAUCAAUCAGAAUAAGCUGUCUAUCUGUGACAGGCUAUCAUGCAAAUGCUGCAUAUUUGUAAACAAUAACAUGUUCCAGUUCACCACAUAUAGAACAAGUAAAUACAUUCAAGCACAAGACAGCAGUUACCUGAUAUACAUAAGCAUCUAUCUGUAGGUGAACACUGAAUAUCAAAGCACAGUGCAUCCUCACAUUUGAACUCACACUGAACAUGUUCUUAUACUUUGUAGAAAAAUGUGAACACAAGUCAUCCAGAUAACAACAGACGUAUUUUGUAACAGGCAAAUAUUGAUAUCCACACCUUGGGCAGAGAGAACAUGAAAGGCUCAGCCCUCUCAGACACUUGACUGAAGCCUUCAUUAAGUUUAGAGAUCAAUGUUAUGAAGUUUUGCUUAUGACUAAAAAGCAAAGACUGCAGCUCAAAUCUUACUUCUCAGAAAAUGAGUGGUUGAACAUAGGGAGUCAAUCAUAAUUCAUUAGAUAAUAUUCCCAAAUGUGCGUAUUUCCAGUCUUCAAAUUUGCAUUUGCAAAUGGAUUAUAAUUGUGUAUGUUAGUAACAAACUCAAACUUUUGUUUGAUUUCUUUAACACCAUUAUAGAGGCCGAUUUAAAUCCAGUGAACUUAAAGGCUGCAUAUACAGUUAAAAAAUAACUAGAUUGUCUAUUAGAUAAAAUAUUAAACAACUUCAAUGACAACACAAAGAGAAAUUCAAAUUAAGAGAGUUUACAAGUGGUCAGCUUAUUGCGGGCCUCAGGUGGUUACAGUGUGAAAUAUAACAAGCAUUAUUUUCAUGCUGCAUUGCACUCACUGGGUUGAUGUGGUUUAUAUAAAUUACUGAAAGUUGCAGGCCAGAGUCUAUUCAGGAAUGAUACCCUGAACCAUGUGAAAUUGAAAAGGGUAUAAAAGUCAUCUGAACUCUCAAUUUUUAUGUAUUAUAAACAAAUAGAUUUCUUGUAAUGUUGCUCAUGAGUAGACCAGGAUGCAGAGUGCAGAUUUGGAUGUUUACCACAGUCCUGUUCCAGAAUCAACAAAAGUAGUUAGUCUAUAGUGUAAUACAGAAACAGUACUUUACUGACAAUGUAUCUCCAUUACUUUUACACAUUGAGAAUGUAAAAUACAGGCUUCACAAUAUAUCUACAGUACCAGUUUAUCAUUAUACAGACCUGUUUAAUCUGCUCAUUUUUUUCCUAAUUUCUAGUAUUAUUUAACAAUGCAGAUACCUUAUUUUGUUGCCGACAUUCCACAGUCUUAAAAACAUUUGGUUUAUUUAUCUGAUUAGAAAAAAAAUUGUGCUUCUCUCUUUCUCGUCCCUCUUGCUGGAAUUGAUGUUGGCCCUCUACUGCCUUUUAUUCAUUGCUGAAUCUCCAAUGAUCUGUGUUUGAUCAAACAAUAAGCGACUAGAUCCAGCUAACUAACUUCUGAGAUGAGCAUCACAGUAUUUAAUGGCAAAGUGUGAGGUAAACACUGUAUUGUUUAGCUUCUACUCAUUUUAUCUCUAGCCCUCUUUAAUAGAAAAGCUGUUUUUAUUUAAUUGCUCGACAAUAACUUGCUGAAAAACUAUUAACCAAGAAAUAUUUUGCUAUAAAAACUGAAAAUGCUAGAAGGAAAUGUCUGUGAAGAAAAGUACAAACCUAGCAUUUCAGGUUCAUCACUUGACUUUAGAGACUCAGACCAACACCAGAAUGGAAUCAAAAUGCAACCGUUUUAUUAUUACUGUUCUUACUGAACCAAUUAUUCUUUGUAUUCACUUUAUUUUUAAAAAAUAAAAUGCUAGAAGAAAAGUGAUUAACCUGUAAUGUUCACUGUUUCUAUAUUCAUUGAAGCUAGCUGACCUGCUGAAUAUUUCCAACAUUUUCUGUUUUUUUUUGCAUCUGCAACUUUUUCAAACUUGAUUUCAACUCAGUCUCUGCACACUUACCACCAAGUUGACGUUCAAAGUAUUUUUAUACCAAGCAUCGCCUUAUAAACUUUUCAUACUUUUCUCUCAGACAAUUUAAAUACAAAGUUACACUUCAUUGUCACAGAUCACUGUGGCAUUAAGAAGGAAUCAGAAUCAAGUCAGUCUUUAACUUUGGUACCAGUUGAACACCACAAAAAAUAUAACCAACAUUUAUAACCAUGGCCAUUUUAGUGUGGACAUAAACUGACAUCAUGGCCACACGUUUCCAGUCAAUUGCAAUUUAUUUAAAGUACCCUCCCCUACACCCCACCUUUAGCAGAUGUCUCAACAUAGUUUAGUGUCUCUUAUUGUGUGGCUCAUUUUUUUCUCUUUCAACUUUAUGAUCGAAGAAUGGCACUGAGACAUUUUUUAAUGUUACAAAUGCAAUAUAAAUGGUAAUUAUGAUACAAACUGAGUAUAGCAAUCCUACAAAAACAAGGUGAAACUAGAGCUCUCACAAUGCCUCUAAUGUACAGAAGAACCAAAUUUGUUAAUAGUACUAAGGCCAGGGUGAAAUUUAGAGUCCAGUAUUUACAGUACCAGACAGAAGGACAGAUAUUAAUGAUGGAAACUUUUUAGAUGAAUAAGUAGCAAUAAUAUUUAUUUAUAGAACAAGCUCAGCUUUUAUAGUUUUUACAGUUCUAAAUGAUACAUCUUCCAUCCUAUUCUUUAUUGUAGAGACACACCCCCAGAUUAAAAGUGUGUGGCUUAAUUCCUGUAUUUCAGCAUAAAUUGGCUAUGUUGAUACUGCAGCAUUAAGCAAAUGAAGCACUUGCCAUCUUUCAAAUAAAAAAUGAGGCUGAAGUUCCAGCUAGCUGGCAGAUUGACAUUAAAGGUCUUGAUCUAAAACUUUACAGAUCCUCUAAAUGGAGAUGUCCAGAACACUUGCAGAAGGAGUUAAAAUGCCAUUUCCAAGGUUCCAAUGCUCCAUUACUAAAGUUCUGAAAGGAGAUCAAGAACCCUUGAAACUCAGCACAAUUAUUUUAUUCUAAGCAAGAGCAGGGUGUUUAGAAAUGAGGAACAUGUUGCUCAUUUUAUUGGGACUUGUGGGAUUUUGCAAUGAUCAUUCUUAAAUUCUAAGUGCUUCUGGAUUUUUUUUAGAUUUUCCAUUUCAAUACACAAGCAGCUUAUGUUGAGCAAAUGCAAUCAUAAUUUGCAAUUUAAAUCCCAGACCAAUUUCAAACAAUCAUUCUUUAAUCUCAGUUUUUCCUAACGAUUACAUGCAAGUUAGUGCCAUGUUCGAUUAUAUUUAAUAAGAUAUUCUAGCAUAAUGUGUUGAGCAUAAAUGAACACAGUUGGCAGAGUUCGUAAUAUAUUACUGAUUUUUAUUAAAAACCUAAUAGCUCUUACCAUGCCCAUUACUUCAUCUUCAACCAGUUAUUGUUUAUAUUUUUUUAUUCUCAGUGAAAGCGAUCACAACUUCUUCUAGAAGUGGAAAUUAAUAAGUAAAUCCAUAGGAUACUUGGUUAGAGAAUGUGAUGGGGCUAAGAUCCUCUCUACUUAUUUUAAAAUUGAGACACAGCGUGAGUAGGCCCACUGGCCCUUCAAGCCACACUGCCCCAGCAAUCCCCCAAUUUAACCCUAAUCGCGGGACAAUUUACAAUGACCAAUUAACCUACCAACCGGUAUGUCUAUCAACUGUGGGAUGAAACCAGAGCUCCCGGAGAAAACCCACGUAGUCACAGGGAGAAUGUACAUACUCCUUACAGGCAGCAGCAAGAAUCGAACCUUUGCCAAAUACUAUCAUAUUAUCCUAGUAGUAUUACUGAAACACUAAUGGAAAUACCGAAAAUCUGCAUUAAAAUUAAACAAUUCUAACAUGGGAAAUUGUUGGGAUCUAUUUAUUUACUUAUUGAGAUACAGUACAGGUCUGGUCCUUUGAGCCGCAGAGCCCAGCAACCCUGAUUUAAUCCUAGUCUAAUCACAGUACAAUUUACAAUGACCAAUUAGUCUACCAACCGAUACGUUUCACUUGAAACGUCAGUCUCUGUAGGUUCACGUUAAGUCAGUCUUGAUGGUAUCAUCUUCUUAGCAUCAGAGACAGGCCAAUUCUGACAAUUGUCAACAAGGUAUAAUCAAGUUUAAUAUGGGAUUAGCAACAUAGAAUGGCCUGUUGUGACAGGUAAGCAACAGGUUAGUGCAAGACAGCUGACAAAAGCAGCAGGAGAUGGCACUGCAGGACAUCACUGCUUCACUACAGAAGAGUUUUAUUGUGACAUUACCAGUUUGGCAGUAUAUCUGAUUGAAGUUUAGUGCAUGACUAUCAGUAUACAUAAACAUUGCAGUAAAAAAACUAAGAUUCCCAUAAAGAGGUGCAACCCCAUACAUUUUUAUUGUUUUAAAGUGACAGGUUUAUUAAGCAAUCUCAGUGCAUGAUACGGUAUUACAGACAAACCUUGCUGAUACAAACUGGCCUUCAAUGGCAUCUCCUGAUACAGUGGCAUAGGCUUCCUGCAGCAUCAGACUCACAUACUGGAAACUAUCUUUUUUAAUAUGCUGUUCAUGUAAUGAUAAAAAGGCAGCCUAUUAUCUGCACACACAGUAACAUCUCCAGAG